ACGGGAUGCGCUGCAUCCGCUCGGGACCCGAGACCCCCGCUCUGCCCGGGUGGGAGCCGCCGCGCACCACCGUCCGCUCUGCGACAGGGGGGCGUGUCAGGGUUGCCCCGAUUCUAAGGAGAUGGGGUGUUUCAGAAGCCCCCUCGGGACGGACGACGUGGAGCACAGCCCGCCCUCGCCCCGGGGCUGCGCGUGUCUGCCCGGCGUUACCUGAGUCAGGUGUGCACCGCGCGGGGCGGGCCCGGCCCCGGAGGCGGAGCGCGGCCGAGGGCGCCCUUCCUCUUCCUGGGUUGCUGCCGGCAGGUGGAGGGGCGCGGAGCGGACCGGGCUCGGGGCCACAAUGAAUAACCCCAUCCCUUCCAAUUUGAAAUCAGAAGCAAAAAAGGCUGCUAAAAUUCUAAGAGAAUUCACAGAAAUAACUUCCAGAAAUGGACCAGAUAAGAUCAUUCCUGCCCAUGUGAUCGCUAAAGCGAAGGGCCUCGCGGUUCUGUCUGUGAUAAAAGCUGGAUUUCUGGUAACCGCUAGAGGAGGCAGUGGGAUCGUAUUGGCGCGUCUUCCAGAUGGAAAAUGGUCUGCACCUUCAGCCAUUGGGAUAGCUGGGCUUGGUGGAGGAUUUGAAAUAGGCAUUGAGGUAUCAGAUUUGGUAAUAAUUCUGAAUUAUGACAGAGCAGUAGAAGCUUUUGCAAAAGGUGGUAACCUGACACUUGGAGGGAAUUUCACGGUGGCAGUCGGGCCCUUGGGAAGGAAUUUGGAAGGGAAUGUGGCCUUAAGAAGCUCUGCGGCGGUCUUUACAUAUUGCAAAUCCAGAGGCCUCUUCGCUGGCAUAAGUUUAGAAGGUAGCUGUCUGAUUGAAAGGAAAGAAACGAAUCGAAAAUUUUAUUGCCAAGAUAUUCGAGCUUAUGACAUUUUAUUUGGAGAUAUACCACGGCCUGCUCAAGCAGAAGAGCUUUAUGAAAUCCUUGAUUCCUUUACUGAAAAGUAUGAAAAGGAAGGACAGCGGACCAACGUGAGGAGGGCAGCGAGGGAGCAGAGGAAAGAGGCUUCGGCUACAGAACUGCCCCCCAAACCACUGUCACGGCCCCAGCAGCCAUCUGCACGAGUCCAGCUGAACUCCGGAUCUCAAAGUAACAAAAAUGAAUACAAGCUCUAUCCUGAACUUUCCGGCUAUCAUGAGAGAGCUGGCAACUUGAAUCAACCCAUUGAAGUGACGGCGCUGUAUUCUUUUCAAGGACAACAGCCGGGCGAUUUGAGUUUUCAAACUGGAGACAGAAUCACAGUUAUAUCAAAGACAGACUCACAUUUUGAUUGGUGGGAAGGAAAACUUCGAGGUCAAACUGGCAUUUUCCCAGCCAACUAUGUUACCAUGAAUUAAAAUUUGUAUUAUUUUCUUCCUUGAAAAUUAAAAAAAAAAAUCAGUUCUACACUGAUAUGAUUUACUAUCCAGUUAAGCAAUGUUUAAUGUAAAUUUUAAAAUACUUCUGUUUAUUCCAUAAACACUUAUCUGAUAUGUAAAAGAUUUUGUUUCUCACGUAGAAAUGGCUAAUUUGUGUGUCUUUAAAUACUUUGUACUAAUUUUAUCACAUUACUAUUUAAUAGUUAAUGUCCUCAAUUCAUACGACCACAGUUCCUUUGUGUUCACUGUCAAACAUCACUAAAUAUUUGAUCUGGCUGUGUAUCUGGUAACUGUUUAAUCUGAGAAUCUUAAGCUAGGGGCAUGAAUACCAGCUUAUGUUUUUCUAUUUGCAAAGUGACUAGAGAAAAAGAAAUCAGCUUACAUAGGAUAGUAAGUAAUACUUAGAAUUGUAGGUAUUAACUAGAAUAUGAAUCCUUAAAACUUACCUUACACUUUCUAAGAUUCUAUAUAAACAUUUGUAGUAGACACAUGCUAUUACAAAGAAGUUCAACCACUAUUGCAUUUUGAGAAGUUGACAUCUUAUUAACUUUUCUCUUUAUAAGGUCAUGUUUGUUCAUUUCUAGCAGUAGAAUCACCUUAUAGUGACAUGGUUCAGUUGUCCCAAAAUAAAUGUUUUUUAAAUACUAA